CCGCCUCCAUCCCGGCUGUGGCCCCUGCCCGUUACAUAACUCGUUUCGGGCUCCACGCGGCCCCACUUCUUGGCAGCCGACGACCCCAGGAUGCUUUGAGCCCCACGACAGCGUCCGCUGCCGCCAGCUUCCGUCCGAGGUGUGAAUGACAGAGGUGGUCCCGUCCAGCGCCCUCAGCGAGGUCAGCCUAUGCCUCCUCUGCCACGACGACACAGACACCGUGAAGCAUCUGUGCGGCGUGUUCCCCAUCGAGUACCCAGACUCACGGUAUCCUGAUAUCACCUCCAACAAGAAGUUCUUUUCCCUUGCCGCAACCUACAGGGGCGCCAUCGUGGGAAUGAUAGUAGCCGAAAUAGAAAGUAGGAGCAAGAUACACAAGGAGGAUGGAGGUAUUCUAGCCUCCAACUUCUCUGUCGACACGCAGGUUGCGUACAUUCUAAGUCUGGGAGUAGUGAAGGAGUUCAGGAAGCACGGCAUAGAUCCCAGACUACAUCCAACACCCCGGCUCCGCGCUAGCGAACCUGAGCCCUUGCUCCAUCCCGCACAGGAUCUACCGUCAGGCCCACAGCCUGCUCUGCAGCUUCCUGCCGUGGUCUGGCAUCUCCAGCAAGGGGGGCAUUGCCUACGGCCGGACCAUGUGAUGCUAGCUGGGCGGCCGCCAGUAGGCCCCGCCCUUUGGCACCCCGCAGAACCCGCCUUCCUGGCUGUUGGACUUCUGUCGUCUGCAGAGGAGCCGGUGACCCCUUGCCGGGCAGUUGGCCUGCCCCAGCUGCAGGCCCGGUGCUACGCAGGCUCAGAGCAGAGCGUCGCGGGCACACGCGGUCUCUGACAAGAAUGCAUACACAGGGUUCAACAAUGGAGAAGGCACCAAAAGAUCAAGCUCCUCCUCCCGCCGGCCCCAACCCCUCAGCUGCCCUCCUUCCGCAUCGUGGCCGAGCGCCCAGGUCUGCUUUGGCAGCAGUUGCUUGGGGCAGGGGCCUGGUAAACCAGAGCUCUGCUCAGAGGCGCCCAUUUCUGAGGUCAUGAGUGCCACAGAGAGCUAUCUCUCAGACCUCCGAGCCACGAGGGGUCACACGGACUGCCAGGCCCACACCCUGGGGCACGGACGCAGCCCAGAGCACUUGGGUGCUGGGGGACUCACGAGGUGGCACUGCACGACCACCUGGGCUGGAUUCCCCCCAUCUGUGCCUUGAUUUGUGUGCAGACUGGGAGGGACUCCGGGCCUGGAGGGCUUGUGCUCCAGGCUAGAGGAGGACAUCUCCCUGGGGGCCUUCACCCCUGCUCCCCUCUUC